AUGUCCUCCAAAUCCUCGUGCUACACAAGUGACCCUCACAAUCCGCCGGACACGAUGUUCGACUCAACAGGCAUUGUCGAGGUCUUCUGCCAGCGGAUCGACAGCGGCAACCCACAUCCACAAUAUUCUUCCCCGCCACUACUGGCCAGCUACGAGGACGGCGAAUGCACAACUCCAAACCGUAUCACACAAGAAUGCUUUGUCCUUCACGUCUUCCUUAUGGAGCGGUUCGAUUGGAUGGGCGAGAAUGCAUUGAGAAUGGCCUUCUCCCUGGACGACGGCCCUGCCGAAGCUGUUGAGUACAUCUCGCGUCCAAACGACAAUGACUUUCCUCCGAAGCCUAGAGCUGAAGAUGAGAUCCGAUACCACAACAAUUGCUUCGAAGGUCAUCGGAGGUUGGCACUUGCCACUGCUGAGCUUCAGCCCGUCAAUUGCCACGGGUGUCCGCUCGCCCCGCAAGAGCAUGAUGUUGGGCAGAUCGUGAUCACGCUGCAGCGCGGACGGAAAGUGGUUGAACGACACCCAAAGACAGAUCAAGAUCGAGCGUACUUCGUUCCUGCCACGGGUGCUGCUGGGUUUCCACUCAACGUGCUCUUCCACUACGAAACCACAUACAAAGGAAUUGUUCACACGACCAAGACUAUCACCUAUGUGCAGAGUGCUCUGCCGAAAUUGGAGCUUACCCGAAGGCUCGACACAGGUAGCAACAAGCGUGACAGAAGCGAGUCUGACAGGGAAACCGCCAAGACUGCCAAUGGCUCUUCUGCGAAGCGGCAGAAGGUUGAUCUGGACACGAUAGCUUCGUCGGAGGAACGAGGUGUAGAGGAAAGCAGCUACCACGGACCACUAUCACCAUACUGGUCAGAGUCACAAUGA